AUGGCUGAGAAGACCCAUGCCGAGACAAACCCCUUCCUACGACGGCCACUAUACAUCUACGACCUCCCGCCAGAACUGCUGCUGACCCUAACCAUUGCAGGAGGGGAACAGUCGCAGCCGCAGCCCCAAGAGUCACGCUCUGAAGGAAUACCCGCCGAUCGAGAAACUAGUCUCACCGAAGAUGGCAUUGCAAACUCAACAUCAUGUGCACUUUGCAAAGUCACCUUCGACAGUGUCCAAGACCAGCGACUGCAUGUCAAGUCGGAUUUUCACCGAUACAACCUCAAACUCAGCAUAAAACAAAUCCCUCCAGUCGAUGAAGUUACUUUUACGAAGAUGAUUGGUGACUUGGACGAGUCGCUCUCGGGAUCAGACUCGGAAGGGUCAGAGGAAGAAGAUGAAGAGGAGUCAAAAGGCGGAGACAUCACCCUUACUGCUCUACUCAGGCGGCAGGCCAAGAUAUCUCAUACACAACCGACCGAGGGCACGGAAGACUCCAGGAAACGGGGGUUCGGUAGUGCUCCGUUAUUAUGGUUAUCAAGUCCCAAGAUCGGAAGCGACGUUGGGCUAGGCGUCUAUCGAGCCAUAUUAUCAAUCGAGGAACAAGAAGCUGCAUCCUCUUCUCUCGUGGAAAUCCUCACAAAGAAGCAGCUCAAACCGACACUGGCAAAACAGAGCGGGAAGACGCAUGGGGUCUCUUCACAGGCUGGUGGGAAUGAUCCCCAUUUCUUUCUUUGCAUGAUCGGGGGCGGUCAUUUCGCCGCCAUGGUUGUCUCUCUGGUGCCAGAGUUGAGGAAAGGACCCGGCGGGAUCGAGGAGCGUCACCCAGUCGUCAGGGCUCAUAAGACCUUUCAUCGAUAUACCACGAGACGGAAACAAGGCGGGUCUCAAUCCGCAAAUGACAACGCCAAAGGGAACGCCCACUCUGCGGGUUCAUCUAUACGAAGGUAUAACGAGAUGGCCUUGGAAGCAGACGUCAGAGUAGUAUUAUCGGAAUGGAAAGGGAUGAUCGACUCCGCUGAACUGCUCUUCAUUCGAGCUACCGGAAGCACCAACAGAAGAACUUUGUUUGGACCCUACGAUGGCCAAGUCUUGAGAAGCAACGACAAGAGGAUACGUGGCUUUCCAUUCAGCACGCGUCGAGCGACUCAAGCCGAACUUUUGCGUUCGUUCCAAGAGCUUACUAGGCUGAAGGUCGGUAAGCUUGUUGAGCCUGCUGCUGAGAAACAUUCUCUGGAGAAAGCUGCUGCGAAGGAACCGAAACCAAAGUCUCAAGCACCAAAGCUUAGCAAGGAGGAGGAGACGGCUCAAUUCCACACUUCUCAGCUGCAAGGUCUGAUCCGGCGUUCAAAAGCACCUGGUGUCUUACUUUACUUGACCAAGAACGGACUAUCGCCGGAUUUCACCUUCUUCCCUCCGGCUGAGCAUCAUCACGCCCCGACUCCGCUCCACCUCUCUGCAUCGACCAAUUCGUCAGCCUUGGUGCUGGCGCUGCUCACCAAGGCGCAUGCAAAUCCGACUUUAAAGAACGGCGACGGCAAAACGGCAUACGAAAUCGCUGGCGACGCCAAAACUAGAGAUGCCUUCCGCAUAGCUCGCCACCAACUCGGCGAAAAGGCUUUCGACUGGUCCGCCGCGCAUGUCCCUGCACCGCUCUCACAAGAAGAAGCCGAUGCUAGGGCGGCACAGGAGAAAGCGGCCGCGGACGUAGCGGAGGCUCAGCGCAGAAAGGCUGGUCUAGAACAUUUGAGGGUGGAGGAGGAAAAGCGCAACUUGAACAGGAUAGAAAAGAAGGCCGGCGCUGGCAAAACGCUCGCGGUUGCCGCGGUGGAGAAGACUGGCGCAGAAAAGAGAGAGGAAGAGGUGCGUGGAUUGACUCCCGAAAUGCGCAUUAGGCUGGAGAGGGAACGGAGAGCGAGGGCGGCCGAGGAGCGGAUCAGGCGUAUGCAGGGCGCGAGCUGA